AUGGACAGGACGGUCAGCCUGCCUAACCAGCCCGAAACCACCACAGUGACUCUGGUUGAGAACAGCAGUGCCCCCAGUGGGCUGGAACUAGUUAGUUCCUACCAGACCAACAGAGUGGGUGACCCAUGGAUCUGGUGGGCCCUGGCAGAGCAAGUCCAGAAGGGAGAUGAGUUUGUAAAAGCCAAUGCCUGCAAACUGACAGUCAUUGCAGACCAGAUUAGAUACCUGCAGAGCAGGCUAGAAAGGUAAGAGUUAGAAGCAAAAAGAGACGCUGAGCUGCACCACGCUGCCUGUAACAUUGUGAAAAAGCCAGGCAACAUGUACUACCUCUAUCAGAGGCCAUCUGGACAGAAUACUUUCUCCAUCAUCUCUCCUAAGGAAUGGGGCCCAAGCUGUCCUCACCCAUUUCUUGGUGCAUUCAAACUUCAACACGACAUGUCGUGGACCCCCUUAGAUGAGGUGGAGAAAAGGGAUGCAGAGAUAGCCAUCAUGGACAAACUCGUCAGCCAGCAGACUGCCUUACCAUCGUACACAGGGCUGAACUUCAAAGGCCUCACCGAAUAAAGAACUGAUGGCUUAAACUGGGCUUUCAUAAGGACGUGUGCUAAAUGCUAACUACAGUCUUACAUACUUCAGAACUACUGAUAUCAAAGAGUCAAACUGUUUAAGUGACUUUCCUACGCUGCCUUAAGUGUAUAAUUUGUUUAGGUUUUGUUUGUACACACACUUUUCUAAUGGGGACUGUGCCUGGACACUUUUACCUUCAUUAGAACUGUUUCUCCUUAGAUGCAGCUGGAGAUCCCACCAACAUUCAGUACAAGGAUCAGAUGUAAAGCUGCACCAUGAAGCUCAUCAAAGGAAAAAAGCUGACAUCCACUGUUUCACAUCAUUGCAUGUUAGCACAGCUAGCUGUCAAACAAGCACAACAGCCUGCGUUUAGCAACAGAGUUCUGAGUUUGUGUAGUUUUUUUUUUUUUUUUUAAAGAAAAAAAUCAGCUGCUUCUAAAAAUGUUGUUCUUCGGCACCAUUUUUGGUCAAAAAAGGCACCUUUUACAGCUUUAUUCUGCAAACUUUGAGCUGUAUAACGUUGGGAUUAGAGCCCAAACUAGACAGCUUUUUAAGAGCGAUACCGAUAUUUGACUUAAAUGAUAUCAGCCAAUAUUUUUUUCCCUUUCUUUCAGACACACAAAAUUUAUGGAGUUAUGGAUAAUUACUAGGAUAAUGUGACCAUAUAGGUUAGAAAUUAAUUUUAAAAAUAAACAAAUCGCUGGUCGUCUUGUGGCGUUCCAAACGUGUUUCCAACAGGGAAAAUGCGUAUUGCCCUCCGGUGGACGACUAUGCAACAUCAACACUCAUAGCAUGGUUGAAAUGUGUUUCUCCUGUCAUCUUUACUUUGAAACUUUUUAUUUAUAUGCUGAAAAAUGACAAUUUGCGAUACCAGUAUAGAGGCAAAUGCAUAAUAUUGGCUGAUAUAUCAGUUGGGGCACUAAUAGGGACGUUCCUGAUGAUUAAUUUGAUGAUUUUAUUUUUUUAAAUACAAAUUUUAAAAGAUGCCAUGUUUUGUCCCUGUAAAUAAAUUACAAAAGAUGUAAUUUCAUGUUUAAUUGUAUGUCAAGGCAAUUAAAGUGCAAUUUCUUCAUUUCAAA